AUGAGUAUUGAAUCAUAUAUCAAUUCUGUGAAGAAAACACCUACUUCAUCAACAUCAAAAGGGUCAUCAGCUUGUGCCUCAAGGGUUGCUUCCUUGUUGCUUGUUCUGUUCAGGGCAAUGCAGUACUUAAUCCAACCCAUUAUGAGACUUCUUCAUCCAAUCACCCAUGCUUUCUCCAAAAGCCGAUCAUCAGCUGAUGAGCUCAUGAUCAUGCAAAUUGAAGAAUACCAUGGCAUGAGCACUCAUAAUAAAGUGUUCGAAGCUUCAGAGCUUUACUUGCACAACAAGAUAAGCCCUUCCACUAGACUCCUCAAAAUUGUACAGACUCAGAAAGAGACUAAGUUUGCCAUCCAUUUCUCAAACAACCAAGAGUUUGAAGACAUUUAUGAAGGAGUCCAGCUGAAAUGGAAAUACAAUUCCAUAUCCAAGAAGUCCAAUUAUCCUAGCAAAGCAGGGAAAAAGCAGCAAUUCUUUGAGCUCAGAUUUGAUGUCAAACACAAGGAAAAGGUCAUGGAUGCUUACUUGCCUUAUGUUGUAGAGACAUUCAAGGCUAUGAAAGAUGCAGGAAAGAUUGUCAAGCUGCAUACACUUGUAAGGUCAGAGGAUUACAAAGUAAGAUGGAGUGCAAUCAAUCUCGAACACCCUGCAACAUUCGAGACCAUAGCCAUGGAUUCUGAGCAGAAGAGAUCGGUUUUGGAGGAUUUGGACAGGUUUGUUAAGAGGAAAGAGUUCUAUCAAAGAGUAGGUAGGGCUUGGAAAAGGGGGUAUCUACUUUAUGGUCCUCCAGGGACUGGUAAAUCAUCCCUUAUAGCUGCUAUUGCUAAUUAUCUGAAGUUUGAUAUUUAUGACUUGCAACUCACGCAUUUGAUAUCGGAUAUGGAAUUAAGAAGAGUGUUGCUGGCAACAACAAAUAAAUCCAUACUCGUGAUUGAGGAUAUAGAUUGUAGUCAAUUGAAGCUGCAAGAUAGAAAGAACAGCAGUAAGAAAAAUGACUCAGAAAGCAAUCAGCUUUUGCUAUUGGGACGACUACUGAACUUCACAGAUGGCCUGUGGUAUAGUUGUGGAGAAGAGAGAAUCAUUAUAUUCACUACCAGUCACAAGAGCAAACUAGACCCUGCAUUGCUGCUUUCAGGACGAAUGGACAUGCACGUCCACAUGUCGUAUUGCUCAUAUGAGGGCUUCAAAACAUUGGCCUCAAAUUACCUAGGCAUCAAGGAACACCAGCCUUUGUUUGAUGAGAUUGAAAGCCUACUGCAGAAGACAGAGGUCACUCCUGCAGAAGUCGCCGAAGAGCUGAUGAAGAGUGAGGAUGCUGAUGUUGCACUCCAAGCUUUGAUCACGGGGAUAAAGGAAAUGAAUAAAAGGAAGGAAGAUGAAAAAAAGGCCAAAGAUGAAGAGAAAGUUAAGAACGAUAAAGAGAAGGUUGAUCAUAAACAGUUGACAUAUUUUAUUUGA